AGCCAAUAUCUUAUCCAAACUCCAAACUCCAUUAUGACCAACCAAAUUAAACACCCAAUUCCACUUCCAGUUGUAGCAAAGUCAGUUGUUUUGCUUCUUUUUUUAACAAUCCUUUGUAAAACAAGAGCCAUUAUCACCACUGAAACUGAAGCUUUAUUGAAAUGGAAAGCAAGUUUGCCAAAGCAAUCAAUUCUAGACACAUGGGUGAUUCUUCCAUCAAACUCAUCAAGCUCCUCAUCCAAAGCUUUGUCAAAUCCAUGUCAAUGGAAGGGAAUUACUUGCAACAAUGAAAGCACUCAUGUCAUAGAAAUCAAUUUGGCUAACACUGGUUUGAAUGGUACUAUUGAAAGUUUAGACUUUUCUUCAUUUCCCAACCUUCUUAGAUUGGAUCUCAAAUUGAAUAAUCUCAAUGGAUCCAUUCCACCUUCCAUUGGACUUCUCAGUAAGCUUCAAUUUUUUGAUCUCUCCACCAACUCCUUCAAUAGUACUCUUCCUUCUUCUCUUGCCAAUUUCACAGAGGUUUACGAGCUGGACGUAUCUCGAAACAACAUUACUGGAGGCUUGCAUCCGAGCUUCUUCCCGACUGAAGAUUCGAAAUUUGGUUGGAAAAGCAUGCAGAACUUGCUUAUGCAAGAUACCAUGGUCGAAGGCGAGCUUCCCGAGGAAUUCGGAAAUAUGAAGUCACUAAGUAUAAUAGCUCUCGAUCGAUGUAAAUUUUACGGCUCAAUUCCUAAAGCUAUAGGAAACUUGGAAAAUUUAACCAUACUUCGUCUGAAUGGUAAUGGAAAUUUCAGUGGUGAAAUUCCUGAAGGUAUUGGAAAAUUGACAAAAUUAGUUGAUCUAAGGCUGUUUGAUAAUAAGUUAAGUGGGGCAUUGCCUCAAGGGUUGGGAAUUUAUUCACCUUUGGCCACUGUUCAUAUUUUUGAGAACAACUUUACGGGUCCUUUGCCGCCAGGUUUGUGCAGCCAUGGCCAGCUUGUUAACUUCACUGCAUUUACCAACUCUUUUACAGAAAUCAGAAGCUAUUGAUUAUUCUGGUUCCCACUUUACUCGGUGUAUUAUUAUUCUCUCUAAUACUAUUCGGAAUCAUUUCGUGGUUCCGACGAAAAAAAGUCGUAAAAGAAUCAAACGGCACACCAAAAAUGGAACCAAAAUCGCAAUUUCCAAACCUCUGGGGGUACGACGGGAAGCUAGUAUACGACGAGAUAAUCCAAGCAACAGAGAAUUUCGAUGACAAAUACUGCAUCGGAAGAGGAGGGUCAGGAACAGUUUACAAAGCCGAAAUGUCGAGUGGUGAGGUAUUCGCAGUAAAGAAGCUCGACUUUUGGGACAGUGACAUGGGGAUGGAGAAUUUGAAGAGUUUCAAAAGGGAAGUCGCGACACUAAGCGAGGUCCGACAUCGAAACAUAGUUAAGCUUUACGGGUUCUGCUCGAGAGGUGAAAACACGUUUUUGGUAUACGAUUUCAUCGAAAGAGGGAGUUUAUGGGAAGUUUUGAGAAGUGAAGAGAAGGUGAUAGAGGUUGACUGGGUAAAGAGAGUUGAGAUACUGAAGGGUGUGGCUGAGGCUUUGUGUUAUUUGCAUCAUGACUGCGUUCCGGCGAUCGUCCACUGUGAUGUGACGACGAAGAAUGUUUUGUUGGAUGUGGAUUUCGAAGCUCAUGUGGCGGAUUUUGGGACUGCAAGGUUUUUGAAGUUUGAUGCUUUGCAUUCCACUGAUGUUGCUGGCACUCAUGGCUAUAUGGCUCCAGAGCUUGCAUAUACGAGCAAAGUAACAGAAAAAUGUGACGUUUAUAGCUUUGGAGUGGUAAGUUUGGAAGUAUUGAUGGGAAGACAUCCAGGAGAAGCCCUUCUACCUUUACAAAGUUCCGCACAAAAGGCCAUUGAGAUGGAAGCACUGUUGGAUCCUCGUCUUGCAUGCCCUCAAAGAGGAAAGCUUUUAAGUGAAUUGAGCUCACUUGUGAGUAUAGCAAUCUCUUGUGUGCAAGCUGAACCUCAUUUACGUCCCAAUAUGCUCAACGUCUGUCGUUUGAUGGGAUUGAAUUGAGAAAAGAGCCUCUAUCAAAGGGAUCGAUAUAAUCUGAAAGAAAAUGUCAAUUAUGGUGUUUUGUAGUAACAUUAAUUGUUGGAGUUUCAUUAGCUAUUGGCACCAUUAACUUUCAAAGAAGUUAAAACUCUUAUGAAUAGAGGUUUCUUUUUAACUAUUAUGGUUGUUAGGAUUGUAAAAAAGUGAUGAUAGCACUCAAUCAAAGAAGGUUUCUAUAUAUCAACAUUUUCUUUGUAUCGUAAAA